GCCUGGGGUUCCGAUGUGGAUGCCGGCCGACGCGUUAACCUUGCUUAACACCAAAAGCGCGGGACUCGGGAGGGGCGACGUGGUUGGAGAGUCAUUUCGCCGUCCUCGUGUUGUUGUAAGAAGGGUCUCUCGUGUUCUCUCUCCGGACUGAGCACAAACGUUACAGUAAUCCGUACAUUCUUCGGGGUUCGGACACUUGGAGUUUCCCUACGCAGAAGACUCCCCAAAUUCUCUGCAGCACCUUCCUUUCCUUUGGCUGCCCGCUGCAUUUCUCUCUCCCGCCCCCCGCCUAAAGUCGUUUUUUGCUUGUUUCAAUUGCAAUUGACUUGUCUGUUUGCCGGAGGAAGAACGCGGAGUCAGCCCUCCCUCCCUCCCCCCUCCCGCGUCUGUCAUACGUUCCGGAAACCGCCAGCAAGGAUGGAUGCAUCAUCGCCCGUCAAACGCCGCGUCCUCGGUGCGCUCGACCCCAACGCGUGCUCGCCCAACAAGGCGAGGAGACACGAGGGUGGUAAGCAGCAGCUCUUCACGCCGGCGCGACACCUGAGCCCGGUCAAGGUCAAGUCGGUUGCGCCCCGGCAGGAGCUGAGCGUGGGCGGUGCCUCGCCGACCACCCGCGUUUCGUCUGCAUCGCCGUCGUCGUCACCGUCACCGUCCCCGUUCUCGUCCCUGUCCUCAUCCCAAUCAUUGGUGCCGGACACGCCGGAGAGGGAGACGGGCGUCGAGUCGAGGAAACGCCGCUCUCCUAAUCCGUCCGCCAUUAACCCUCCUACGUCCGGGAUGGCGGCAGCGGCAGAGGCAGAGGCGGCCGAGGGAGGCGAACCGGCCGCGAAGCGGGCUUGCCUCGACGGCAUGAGGGAAGAUGGUCAAUCGCCGCCCUCCUCGACCUCAACGACCCGGACCACCGGCACAACCCGUCAUCGUUCCGCCUCCCCGGACACGCCAUCCGUGUUUGACAACUCGGCAGUCGACAACUCCCAGCUUACUAUCCUCACCGAGCCCGAUGCCACGGGGCCCAACCCCAACCCCGCUCCGGUCCCUGCCCCGCGGGCGCGACCCAGGUUGACGCGAGAGCAGGCCAGAGAGAAAGCAGAAAUCCUCCGCCUCCGUCUCGGGCUAGCCAGUUACAAGGUGCGCACUGGCCAGACCGACGUGCCGCUGGAUAGGCUGGAAGCGAGGCUUGCCGGAGAUGCGAGGCACGCGGGGGGUUCGUCCGCGUCUUCCUUCCACGGCCAGACCCAAGCCCAAGGUCAGAGUACCCACCACGGUCCAACCACGUCCGUUGCCGCCUCUUUCCCCCCUCCGGGAGCCACCGCUGCAGCCGCGGCGGCACAGCGGGAACACAGGCGACGUCUGCCCGGCGCGCCAGUUAGGAGAGCGAGCGUCGGGACGGAGCGGGGGCACUAUUCGCGGCCCGCACCGCCGUCGCGCAGUCAGCUUCUCGAGGAGGUGCGGUUGGCCCUCGCUCGCGAGACCGAGCAAGGGCAGGACCGUCAACACGACGACCGACAUCAGAACCGCCACGACCGUUACGAUCAUCACCACCAGCUCCACCACGACUACCGCUACUCCCACAUGGCCUCGCACCAGUACCAACACCACCACCACCACCAACGGCGCCAAUCCGAAGCCCUGCUCGACACCCGACAUGACCCAGAGCGGUACAGGUACGCCUCCAAUCCCGCGGACAGGAGACCGCGCACCGCGACCGACGUGCCAGGCUCGUCUUUGGUGUCGUCGUCGUUGUCGUCGUCAUCAUCAUCAUCGUCCUCGUCGGCGGCCGCGUGGCUGCCGUCUUCCUCUUCUCGAAGAAGGGCGGCCAGCUUUGCCGGGAACGGCGGGUAUUUGAGAAAGGAGGAGAACGCAGACGAGAAUCGAAGGAGAGAAGAAUACGAAGAGGACAUGGAUAGCAGAGGGGGCGCCGCGAGUGGGCUGCUCAGCCUGGCUCGCAGCUAGAAGCUGCGGACUAGGGGCUGGGCGACGGCCUCCUCGCGCCGUCGUGCAGGCAGGACGGAGGUUUGCCUGAACUGGGAAGAAGAAGAAGAAGAAGAAGAAGAAGAAG